GCAGGUGGGCGCCAUGAGGGAACCGCUGGUGGUGCUGCUGCUACUGUGGCUCGGAUUCCGGAUUCCGCCCAGUUCCGGAUCGGCAGUGCUCAUCUCCGACAUGACCAUGACCGUAAUGGUGGAGCUCUCGUCGCGGCAUCCCUUCUGCAAAAUGCACACGGAUCGGGGCGACAUCCAGCGCAUGUUGCUGCAGUCGGAUCCGCGCCGCAUCCGCCAGGUGCCGCGGGAGUCGGUGAUGGAACUGGAGGAGGUCUGCCGCCGUCAGGGAUCGUACGGCCAUGAGUUCCGCGGCGGCCUGGGCUUCAUCUAUCCGGGAACGAAGUGGUGUGGUCCCGGCACAGCAGCCACUAGCUAUGACGACCUGGGAGCCCAUGCCCGCGAGGAUCGGUGUUGCAGGGAGCACGACAUGUGCCCGGAUGUCCUCAAUGUGGGCGAGUGCCGGCGCGGGCUCUGCAACCGUGGCACCUUCACGCGGAGUCACUGCGACUGUGACGCCCGGUUCCGGCGGUGCCUGCAGGCGGCCAACACGGAGACGGCCAAUACGCUGGGCGCCAUUUUCUACAAUGUGGUGCAGGUGACCUGCUUCCAGGAGCGGAGCCCCUGCUCGGCCCAUCAGAGGUUCGAGGACUUCUACUAUCGCACCGAUCACUGUCCGGCCGAGUUCCGGCAGGCGGAUCUCUAUGUACCGCCGCACAGCGACAAUCUGAUAGCCAAAAUCCUGUCCAGCCAUCCGCAGGGUCGUGCCCUGGCCGCGGCCGCACCCGGCCUCCUGCCGGCCAAGGCCACCGCCCGCCGAUGGGGCGUCAAGCUGGCCAGUGUCGGUCUGGCUGCCGUCAACAUACUCCGGGAGGUGGUGCAGCGGCCCCGGUUGCUGUGGGAUAGCCUCCAUGCGCCGGUUAGCCGGGAACUGCCGCCGGAGCAGGGCUAUCGCUACCAGCGACCGAGGUCGGGGCAGGGCUCCUACGGAUACCAGGGCUAUCAGGGUUACGACUAUCGCUGGAGCUAGAAAGGCGGCAGCCGUGAGACGCCACAAGACUGUUCCCAAUGGAAGAAUCGACUCCUGUCUAACCCUCCAGCUGAGUAGUAUUAGUAGUGCUUAGUCCCUAGAUCGUAGUCCUGCAUGUGUGAUGAUUGCCAUAGCUGUUCUGCAUGUUGUUGAGUCUUUUUUUUUUUUUAAAGAAAUCAAAAUAUUAAUAAAUUCCCAUGAGAUACCUCGAUUUUAAAGAGCAUGUCCUUGAUUUUGCAAACCAGAGCCGGCUACAACCAGACGGAGCAGGAGGAGAUCUGCGCCCAGUGGCAGUACCAGCCCUCGGAGAAGUACGUGCCCAGCCAGCCGCGCAC